UUUCCUCGUUCGAGAGUCUCCGUCUUUUCUUCCACUCCGUCCCAAAGACUAACUAUGGGCUGGUUUUGCAUGUGGUCAGAUGGGUUCCCCUCUUGCGCUUGCGCACGGAAAUGUCCAAGCCAAGGCUAUACACAAGUAAUCACUGAAAUCAACAAUGGCUCAUCGAGUCGAGCAAGAUGUAGGCAUGCAUAUAUGAAAAUAAGAUCAUCUUUGGACCAUACUCCACAGCAAUCUUCUUUUAAUUUUCUCAAAUUACUUGAAUGUUUCAAUGAUGAAAAAAAGGAAGAAAAGAAAACAGAGAUCCCGUGAGAAGCGCCCCGAGACGAGACCUGGCUACGUACUGCCGUUGCAACCGAUCCAUAAAACAAGUCGUCAACGGCACAGCUCCAUCCACAUCACGAUGCCACUGCUACCGCCUCCGCCGCCGCCGGCGGCGCCUCCCGGGUGCGGGAGGCGGAGACUGGGCAGCCGACGGAGGCGACGAUCAAAGUGGAGGAACUGGGCGGAGCUGCCCCUGGACGUGAUGCUCUACGUCCUCCACAAGCUGGACGACGUCGAGCUCAUGUUCGGCGGCCCGGCCAGGGUGUGCCGCUCCUGGCACGACGCCGUGUGCGAGCCCGAGCUGUGGCGCCGCGUCGACAUGUGCGGCCGCUCCCGGCGCUUCCGGGAGACGGUUAGGCUCAACAAGGUGACGCAGCUCUCCAUUUGGUCCAGCGCCGGGCAGUGCCGAGAAUUCUUCGGCCAGCAGGACCUGGACAACAACCUCCUCCUCUUCCUGGCCGACCGGGCACCUUUACUGAAGAGCCUUCAUCUUACCAAGUCCUGCAAUGUAACCAGCAAAGGAUUGGCAGAGGCAAUAAAGAAGUUCCCUCUGUUGGAGGAGUUCGAGCUUUGUGAAUGCGAGAGAUAUGACACCUGGGUCUUCGAGAUUCUUGCCGCCGCUUGUCCACGGCUGAAGCACUUCAAACAUGUCAACGAUAGAGGAUAUUCGUGGUAUAAUUGGGAACGGGACCUAUACCCCGUCGACAACCGUGAAGCCUUGGCAAUCGCAGGGAUGCAUGAGCUACGGUCCCUGAAGCUUUAUCACAGCGGCCUCGACAACCAAGGGUUGACAGCCAUCCUUGGCGGCUGCCCUCACUUGGAGUCCCUUGACAUACGCUAUUGCAGCAUCACCAUGGACAGCAGCAUGCGAGCAAAGUGUGCCCGUGUCAAGACCAAGAAGGUGUUUCCAUAUGCACCAACUGAUGACUGGGUGCGUUCUCCAUCUGGCGUCCGUGAUGACUUCGUCGAUGAUUCUUCCAAGUAUUUCGAGCCUGGCAGCCCUGUUAGUAGAUGCCAUUCUCCACGGGAUUCGAUGAUUCUUCCAAGUAUUUCGAGCCUGGCAGCCCUGUUAGUAGAUGCCAUUCUCCACGGGAUAGUUAUUGGUGGUGUCGCAGCAAUGGCGAAGAGCCCGACUGUCGGUUUUUCAAUGUGGAGCCUUGUGACUCCGAUGACUCUGACCAUUCUCUCUUGUUUAGCGAUGCCGAGGAGGCCGAGUUUGAGUACUGGAGGAUCUGAAGGACUGGUGUACACAACAUUUGGAUGUUCUGAUGGAAGUGCCCCAGCCAGGCCAGGCCAUCUGUUGCACUGUCUGAUAUCUGGCGCUUCCUUGCUCUGAUUUUGGCGGUGAAUCUGGUUGUGGUUCACCUCUCUGAUUUGGAAUUGCCCAGAAUGUAUAGAGAGAUCAGAGAAAUAAAAGAGGUCAGCGAUGGUUCA